UGGCAAUGUAGAAGAUUGUUGCAAGGGUUUGCUUGGGUGACUGAGCGGAGGAGCUGGAUUUGCUGGAGACCUCGCCCAAGUAGAUGAUGACAACUGACUGGCUGGGUGAUGAGAGGGAGGUGGCCAACAAAGUGGCUGAACCAGGGAAAAAGGUGUCUCCCCUGAAGCUCCAGAGAGUGAAAUGCCCACAGCCUGGGCGUAGAGGUGCCUUGAUGGUAGAGGUGCCUUGAUGGUGUAAAUUUAGCUUACCGAAAAAUUGGGGCGAUUGAGAUUAAUCCCUGACCAGCAGGCAGAAAAGCGUACGAGCCACGACGGAGGGGGUCGGUGAUUGCUGCCUCUGCAGAUCGACAGUUUGCUUGUCAUGAUGCUAUGCACAGCAACGAGAUGGCUCAGACGUUUUCGUGAAAUGGAGGUGUAAGGUUGUGUGUAAGUCAUGGGUGUAGGCCUCGGGGACAGAUGUUGACGAGUUGUUUCGAAUGUUGGAGCCUUCGGGAGCUGAAGGUUGUGGGGUCGGGGGAGUGUAAUGCCCGAAGUGCAGGAAGGAAGAGCUGCGGACUGCCAUAGAGGACUUCGACAGAGCAAGCGUAGAACCUGAUGCGCCUGAAGAUUUCUGAGAGUUACCGAGGCGGUUACCUCUGAAGCAUGUUUAUCUCUCAGGAUCUUGUGUAACACAGACGGCAGCUUUGAUUUAAUAUGUUUUCAGCGGACGCUCCCAUCUGAGCCCGAGACUAAAGCUCUUAUUCGACCAAGAAAUCAUCAGUACCGAAGGGCAUUUUAUUACGUUGGAAGUGGGUCUUUAGUUGUUGAUAAUGUUGUCUUCAUAUCCCUUGUAGCAGGCACUGGAAAUGCUCUUUCAUGGGAAGACAUUCAAGCAAGGAGAAGGUUUAAGAUUUCUUUCGCCUUGAGGUUGUUUCAGGGCCCUGCAUCUACGGUGGAUGGCUCUUGAAAGCGGCUGAAGGUCGAAGCAGCGAGUAGAGCACAAUGGGGAAAUCAAACAAGCCUACUAAGUGGUUCAAAGCUGUGAAGAAGGCCUUCCGGUCACCAUCCAAGGAGAGACCGCAUACUUCAGAUCAGGAUACGAUUGAUGCUAAUGAUCAAAAACUCCUCGCCAAGCAUGACAUCUCACUGACAUCUCACCAAGUGCUAACGCCUCAUCCACUCCCAUCGUAUGAAAUUGUCACUCAAGACGAGGUUGGGGUUGAGCAGAGCCGAGGGCAACCACUGCCCACGCCAGAAGCUGUGGAUUCUAUUAUUUCUCUUAAACUUCAGGAAAAAGAAUCAGAAAAUUUGGUACGAGUGGAGGAUAACACAGAAGUUCACAAACAACAGGAUGACGAUGAUGACAGCUCUUUGAGUGAAGAAGAAGAGGCAGCUCUUAGGAUUCAGCAACGCUUUUCGGAACCCUUGGCGUUGAACGGAUUAAUAAAACUUCAAGCAUUGGUCCGAGGACAUCAAGUGCGUAGACAAGCAUCCACGACACUUCAAACGAUGGAAGCUAUUGUCCGUGUCCAAUCUGUCUAUCGAGGACGGCUUGUUCGAAAGUCGAAGGAUGGUCGGGCUGUGCGAAGCAGGAUAUCAAAGCGGCGACGACUCAGUACUCGGGGUGGCUUACAUGGGACUGUAAGUAGAUGCGAAUUACCAGCUGAACAGCCCCAGACAAGCGGACGUGAAGAUGAAACGUUCAAACAGAAACGACCCACGGGGAGUCUCCUAACUGAGCAGUUGAAGAGGAGUGCUCCGAACCAAGGUUCAUUGUUCAUUGACUGUGACCCAAGCCAACCUCACUGGGGUUGGACAUGGCUGGAGCUAUGGUCCAAUGCCAGGUCAUGGGAGAUACGCAAUGCUGAGGAGCCAAAAAGUUUUAAGAAUUCAAAAGAAACGUCAAAAGAUUCCAAGGAUUCAAAAGACUUCAUAGAAAUCAUCCCAUCGCGGAAGAACUCGAAGGUAUACACUACAAAGGAGGUGGACGUGAACACCCUUAAAGUGAAGAGUAAUGAGGACUGCAUCUCUAGCCCCACUCCUGCGAAGUCCAGAUCCCCUUCAAGCCCCUUGCCUGAGAAGAAGGAGUCUGCCCAAGGUCCUAGUCCCAUCCCUGAAAAGAAGGAGUCUUCCCGAGGCCUCAGUCCCUUGCUUGAGAAGAAGGAUCCAGCCAGUGUCAAAUCCUCGAAUAUCUUAUCCGAGAAGAAAGAAUCUGGUCGAGUUUCAAGCCACACUCACGAGAAAAAGAAACCCAUCGGGCCUUCAAGCCCUUUCUCUGAGAAGAAGGAUUCUACACGAUCAUCUCCAUGCCCUGCGUCCGAGAAAAAAGAAACUACUGACAGAUCGUCAACCCAGUUGUUCUCCUUGCCCGAGAAAAAAGAGCCUAGAUGUGCUGGAGUAGAAUGCCGUGCACCGACGCCUGUUCCAUUACCUCUUCCUCCCACAUCGUCUCCAACUUCACACACGCAUCGCGCAAAUGUCAAACCACCGCCCAUUGAAGUGCCUACUCAUCCAAGCUUGGAAGAAGACAGACCCUCACAGUUCUCGGGGCCAAGAACUCCUCAAGAAACUAAGAAAGCACCCCCAUCUCCAGUAUCCUCAGACACUGAAUCAAUGCAUUUACAGCCUUCGCCACAAGCGAUGAAUGCAUCGCUUCAUGUCCCCGGAAGGUCAGAAGGUCUGAAUUCCGCAGAAGAUGAUCUAGCUGUGACUAUGGAGCAUUUGGUCUUACCAGAAGCGCACAGCUAUGACGAAGGGGACACUAAUGAAGCGACGAAUGGAGCGUUGAAUGGAGAAGACCACAGCGACUGUCUGUCCGCUUCGAAUGGUGCACAUCAACUUGUGGAAGGCACACCAAGCGUCAAGGGCUCAGUCUCAGACGUCAUCAAUGGACACCCCAAUAGUGGACACCAGGAAAACGUUGACAGCAAAGUGAAGAAAGGAGAGAAGGUCGGCGAAAACGGAGAUAGCCCCAUCCCAAGCAAGCGACCGACAUGCCGCUAUAUGGCUGCAACUGAGUCUGCCAAGGCUAAGUUUCGGUCAUCCAGCAAUCCGAAGACAAGAAAUUCUGACACCCCAGAAUCCCCUGCCAAGACGCCGAAGCGUUAUUCUAUUGGGGGUACGCCUCCGAGCAAGGGAACCGAUUCUCCCAAGACCACCUUCGUCACAAAGAAGGCCCACUCGUUCCAGAACCGAGGGAGUCCAAGUCCCAAAGCAGGAAAUUCGAAAGAGAAGCCAUCUCGGGGCGUGGAGACCGGAGCUGAGUCGCCUGCCCGCAGAAAUUCAUUUGGAGGAGGAGCCACGAGGUGGAGAACCUGAUCGGUAUGAAGAAGCACCGAUGGCAAAUGUUGAGUAUGUGAUUCUCCGUCCCUUCGAUUAAUGUGAUCGUGUAGUUGUUGCAAACGCAUAAGGAACUUUGAUUCGGUUCAAGUAUUGUCGUAGCCGUAGCAUGCAAUUAGUGGGAUCCUUUCGAGUAGUUUAUGUACGAAGAAUUUAAUAGCGGUAACUAGAUUAUGUGCACGUGGAACUAAAAAUUUGUGUGUGGGGCUAUCUUCUCUUUAAUUUUGAGUCCCCUUGUGACUUCGCUGACAAUGCCCAGAAUUAUUAGGUUGGGGACCAUUCACUAGCAGUUCUUGUGGUUACUGCAUCAUUUUGUUUGGCCUAGAGCCUCUUCUGAGUAAAGUCUACAAUGCUUUUCCCAUU